AUGUGGAGCGGCCAGCCCCACCCAGACGAGGGCGACCCGCCGCCCCUCGAAGCUGUCCCGGUCCCCUGGAAGAGUGUGGGCCCCUGCAAAAGCCACAGGGAGUCCCCAAGAGGCCUGGCGGAGACCCCUGGAGGGGAGGAGGGCCCUGCAGCCGCCCAACUGGAUGUGUUGCGCCUGCGAAGCUCUUCCAUGGAGAUCCGGGAGAAGGGCUCAGAGUUCCUGAAGGAGGAGCUGCACAAAGCCCAGAAGGAGCUGAAGCUGAAGGACGAGGAGUGUGAGCGGCUGUCCAAGGUGCGGGAGCAGCUAGAACGGGAGCUAGAGGAGCUGACGGCCAGCCUGUUCGAGGAAGCCCACAAGAUGGUGCGGGAAGCCAACAUGAAGCAGGCAGCGUCGGAAAAACAGCUGAAGGAGGCGCGGGGCAAGAUCGACAUGCUGCAGGCAGAGGUGAGCGCCUUGAAGACACUGGUCCUCACAUCCACACCAGCCUCUCCCAACCGUGAGCUCCACCCACAGCUGCUGAGCCCCACCAAGGCCGGACCCCGCAAGGGCCACUUGCGUCAUAAGAGCACCAGCAGCACCCUCUGCCCCGCGGUGUGCCCCGCGGCUGGACAUACCCUCACCCCGGACAAGGAGGGCAAAGAGGUGGACACAACCCUGUUCGCAGAGUUCCAGGCCUGGCGAGAAUCGCCCACCCUGGACAAGACCUGCCCCUUCCUUGAAAGGGUGUACCGGGAGGACGUGGGCCCCUGUCUGGACUUCACCAUGCAGGAGCUCUCAGCACUGGUCCGGGCUGCGGUGGAGGACAACACGCUCACCAUUGAGCCGGUGGCUUCGCAGUCGCUGCCCACCGUGAAGGUGGCCACAGUUGAGUGUGGCAGCACCAAUACCUGUGCCCUGAGCGGGCUGGCUCGUGCCUGUCACCACCGAAUCCGGCUUGGGGACUCUGAGAGCCACUACUACAUCUCGCCGUCCUCCCGGGCCAGGAUCACCGCAGUGUGCAACUUCUUCACGUACAUCCGCUACAUCCAGCAAGGCCUGGUGCGGCAGGAAGCGGAGCCGAUGUUUUGGGAGAUCACGAGGCUGCGGAAGGAGAUGUCGCUGGCGAAGCUCGGCUUCUUCCCCCAGGAGGCCUAG